AUGGCAGUGAACAGUUGUGAUGUAAAAUUGAUCCAAAAUUUACUGAAAUUUGGAGAUUUUAAUGUUAACUCAAUAUUUUCUUGGGAUCGUUACAGACAAAUAAGUGUCCUUCAGUUCGCAAUUUUAAACUCAUGCGACGAACUCAUUGACUUUUUGUUGAAAAAUCACGUUGAGUUGAACAUCAGCACUAAUUUUUUGGGAACGGCGCUUCACGUGGCGAUCAAGCAAAAGAAUCUUGAUGUCGUGAAGAAGCUAGUAUCUUCCGGAGCUGACAUCAACAUAAUGCCAAGCCAUUAUGAAACUCUGCCACCACUUCACCGAGCCAUUGAAAGUGGCACCCAUGACAUCACCGAGUUUUUAGUGAAGUCAGGAGCCGACGUAAAUUUGGUAGCUUACAAAGCCAAAUUAACAUUGGGGUGGUGCAACUGCUCUCCUUUAAACUUGGCAAUUUUAUUAACGAAUGUUCCUGUGGUUGAAUUGCUAUUGAAGCACAACGCCAUCAUCGAUCAAGGAUCCAACGAACUACGUUCUUCUCUACUAUUGGCUGUAUUAAGCAGAUACGAUAUUGAGAUUUUCCAAAUUCUGGAGAAGUUUGGAGCGAAGUUCGAGAUAAUCAAGGACGGUAAAUACACUGAGGAGUUCAUUAAAACUGUGACGCAAGAUAAUGUCGAAAUUUUUAAGAUUUUUGUUAAAAAGCGUGACAAUUUUUUGGACAUUUCUGCUUUGAACGGUGAUACCAUAGCUGAUCUAGUUGUUGCAUUAGGCAGUAAUAAAAAUAUUUUACGAUACUUACUGGACUAUGGGAUAAACGUUAAUAAGGUUAACAAGAAUAAUUUAAGUUUGCUUGAUGCCACCAAAAAAAUAAAUAUUCUCCAGACUCUUAUUUAUAAUCUACCAGGGGAUGAGUCUUUAGAAAUAAUAGAAAUGAUCGAGAAUCAUAUCAUCAAGUUAUCCGUAGCCGGUUUAUAUGUUAACGAAAAGAAUUCAAAAGCUGUAAAUAGUGAGCAUUUUAAAUCGUGCCUAGUUAAAAAUUUACAUAAAUUAGCUGUAGGGUUAAGACAUUCAGACUUUUGUUUUAACACAGAGACAGUAUUAGAUGAAUUUCCGGUGUAUGGUAGCAUUAUGAUUGAAAAAUUGAGAAGAGCGGUUAAGAGAAAAGAGCUGCUGAAUAAUGCAACAGAGUUGUACCAUAUUUUAUAUAAGGAUUUACCAGAUUUAGUUAUUAGAAAUAUUUUUAAUUAUUUGAAUGACGAAGAUUUAAAACUUUUGAGUCAAUAA